AUGCAGCGCUUCGCAACCAGGGCGCGCUCAUCGGCGCUGAAGAGCUCCCGGAGCUUCAACCUCCAGCAACAGAGGUUCGCACACAAGGAGCUCAAGUUCGGCGUUGAGGGCCGCGCUGCUCUCCUCAAGGGUGUUGACACUCUCGCAAAGGCCGUAUCCACCACUCUCGGUCCCAAGGGCCGGAAUGUCUUGAUCGAGUCGAGCUACGGUUCUCCCAAGAUCACAAAGGAUGGUGUUACGGUCGCAAAGGCUAUCACUCUCCAAGACAAGUUCGAGAACUUGGGCGCACGCCUUCUUCAGGAUGUUGCUUCCAAGACCAACGAAGUUGCUGGUGAUGGUACCACCACCGCCACUGUCCUUGCCCGUGCCAUCUUCUCCGAGACGGUUAAGAACGUAGCCGCCGGGUGCAACCCCAUGGACCUCAGGCGAGGAACCCAGGCUGCUGUCGAGGCUGUUGUUGAGUACCUCCAGGCCAACAAGAAGGACAUUACCACCAGCGAAGAGAUCUCACAGGUCGCCACCAUCUCCGCGAAUGGCGACAUCCACAUUGGCAAGCUCCUCUCUAACGCAAUGGAGAAGGUCGGAAAGGAGGGUGUCAUUACCGUCAAGGAGGGCAAGACCAUUGAAGACGAGUUGGAGAUCACUGAGGGCAUGAAGUUCGACCGUGGCUACAUCUCUCCCUACUUCAUCACCGACACCAAGGCCCAGAAGGUUGAGUUUGAGAAGCCCCUGCUCCUUCUCUCCGAGAAGAAGAUCUCCGCUGUUCAGGACAUUGUUCCCGCUCUUGAGGCCUCCCAGCAGCUCCGCCGACCGCUCGUCAUCAUCGCCGAGGACAUCGACGGUGAGGCUCUUGCUGUCUGCAUUCUCAACAAGCUCCGUGGUCAGCUCCAGGUUGCCGCUGUUAAGGCUCCUGGCUUCGGUGACAACAGGAAGUCCAUCCUCGGCGAUCUUGCUGUCCUGAGCAACGGUACCGUCUUCAGCGAUGAGCUCGAUAUCAAGCUCGAGAAGUGCACUCCCGAUAUGCUCGGCUCCACUGGCUCCAUCACCAUCACCAAGGAGGACACCGUGCUCCUCAACGGGGAGGGUAGCAAGGACGCUGUUGCUCAGCGCUGCGAGCAGAUCCGUGGCGUCAUGAACGACCCCACUACCUCAGAGUAUGAGAAGGAGAAGCUCCAGGAGCGUCUUGCCAAGCUUUCGGGUGGCGUUGCCGUCAUCAAGGUCGGUGGUGCCUCCGAGGUUGAGGUCGGCGAGAAGAAGGACCGCAUCGUUGAUGCUCUGAACGCUACUCGUGCCGCCGUUGAGGAGGGUAUCCUUCCUGGUGGUGGCACUGGUCUCCUCAAGGCCUCUGUCAACGCCCUCGGUAGCGUCAAGGCUGCCAACUUCGACCAGCAGCUCGGUAUCAGUAUUGUCAAGAACGCCAUCACUCAUCCUGCCCGAAAGAUCGUCGAGAAUGCCGGCUCUGAGGGAUCCGUGGUUGUUGGCAAGCUCACCGACGAGUACGCUAGCGACUUCAACAAGGGAUACAACAGCGCCCAGGGCGAGUACGUCGACAUGAUCAAGGCCGGUAUCCUCGACCCUUUCAAGGUCGUCAAGACUGCCCUCCGCGACGCCAGCGGUGUUGCAUCUCUCCUCGGUACCACUGAGGUCGCCAUUGUCGAGGCACCUGAAGAGAAGGGUGCCGCACCGCCCAUGGGCAUGGGAGGCAUGGGCGGCAUGGGAGGAAUGGGUGGCAUGAUUGUGUCCGUAGCGCCUGAGUGCAUCAGCGCCUUCAACGAGCUCAAGCUAGGCAAGGACACCAAGUACAUCAUCUACAAGAUCAGCGACGAUUGGAAAGAGAUUGUAGUCGAGGAGACAUCCAAGGAGGACGACUGGUCCGCCUUCCGUGAGAAGCUCAUCAACGCCAAGAGCAAGGACAAGAAGGGCAAGGAGGGCAUUGGCGGCCGUUACGCCGUCUACGAUGUCUCCUACGAGCUUGAGAGCGGUGAGGGCACGCGCUCUAAGAUUACGUUCAUCUCGUGGUGCCCCGAUGAUGCGCCGCAAUACCCCCGCAUGAUGUACUCGUCCUCCAAAGAAGCUAUCAAGCGCGCUCUGAACGGCCUCGCUGCCGACAUCCAGGCCAACGACGCCGACGACAUCGAGUGGGAGAGCAUCCUCAACCGUGUCUCCAAGGGCCGUUAA